AUGGAGUCAACCGCUCUAAAUGGAAGGAUGGCCCGAUGGCAAAUUCUACUAUCUGAAUUUGACAUAACCUAUGUGAAUCAAAAGGCUGUAAAAGGGAAUGCGAUAACAGAUUUUCUAGCUAGUAGAGCCCUGGAUGAUUAUGUGCCUUUAAACUUCUAUUUCCCAAAUGAGGAUCUAAUGUAUGUGGCAACUGUUGAAGUAAACACACAAGAAAGCAAUGCUUGGAAAUUAAACUUUGACGGAACCUCAAAUGCUGUGGGCAAUGGGAUUGGGGCAGUCUUGGUAUCUCCAGACGGUGAUCAUUAUCUGUUCACUAGUAAACUAGAUUUUGAUUACACAAAUAUCAUGGCAGAAUAUGAAGCAUGUAUCAUGGGAAUCCGUGCGGUUAUGGAACGCAAAAUCAAGGUGCUUGAGGUAUAUGGGGAUUCGGCAUUGGUAAUUUAUCAGCUCAAAGGCGAAUGGGAAACAAGAGACCCCAAGUUGAUUAGUUAUCGAAAGCUAGUCUUAGAAUUGAUUGAGGAGUUUGACGACAUCACUUUUUGUUAUCUCCCACGAGACGAGAAUCAGAUGGCCGACGCUUUGGCUACAUUGGCUUCCAUGAUCAAAGUAAAUAAACAGGAGGAUGUGAAGCCUAUCCAAAUGAGCAUUUAUGAUGCUCUAGCCCACUGUUGUAACGUUGACGAGGAAGAGGAAAAAGACGAUAACCCUUGGUAUCAGAACAUAUUGUGA